AUGCUGGUGUUACUAGCGGCGGGAGCAUAUAUGGAUGCUCCUUCUGCUGUAAAUGGAUAUCGGACUGCUUUGUUCACGCCUGCCAUAUAUGGGAAAUCGGCUGAAGUUGUCAGAUUCCUCGUUGAGGCGGGAGCAAAUGUGAAUGCUACUGUGGGUUCUGAUGAGGGAGGAUGGACUAUCCUAGACCUUUGUCUUGAGCAUGGGGAGAUUUAUGAUAUGCUCCUCGCGGCCGGAGCGGUUGCUAGUAUUGAUGCUAGGGCAGCAGCAGUUUGGAGACAGGAUAAUAUUAACGAACAGUGGUAA